GGUGCCGGGGUCUUCUUCUCUCAAUACUCCAAGAAAUGAGUGUCCAGCAUGGAUGUGAAGGGAUGCUUGCUGCACCUGGAGUUUCAAGAUGCCGCUGGGGAAAAGGGAGGCUGCUAGCAAACACCAUUUUGGAGGGGGCUGUAUGAAGGAGAAAAGUAUCCUAGCCUAGAGCCGGAACUCAGAUUUUCUAAAGGGGAUUCAGGCGGCCAGAGGAUAGUAGAGGGCCAGAAAGGAGGUCCCCAAGAAGGAGGCUUCGGGGUAGGGUGUGAGGGGGUCCUCAGGCAGACUGGGGAGCUGAGCCUGUUGUAACCGAGCGAGUUACAGAGAAACGCCGCACUUUGAGACGAAUUCAGGGGUCCUUUAUUAGCCGGUGACUGAGAGACAGCUAGUGCUCAAAAUUCUCUCAGCCCCAAAGAAGGGGCUUGAUUUUCUUUUAUACUUUGGUUUAGAAAGGACAGGUGGGGGUCUAGUUAAAACAAUCUUACAGAAGUAAAGCAGGCAAAAAGUUAAAAGGAUAAAUGGUUACAGGAAAGCAAACAGUUCCAGGUGCAGGGGCUUAAAAUCUAUCACAAGGUGAUAGACACGGGGCUUUGGGCGUUAUCAACCGGACACAAACGCCGGGGCUCUGGGUGCUAUUAACCGGGCGAAUUCCUGGGAACUGCGGAUAUAGCUUGCCACAGUAUCUUAUCAGUUAAUUGCAUUCUUGGAUGUGCUGGGAGUCAGCUUGCACAAGUUAAGUCCUUGAGGAAGCGGGGUGGGUAAGGGGCUGCAAAUGAAAGAGCCAAGAUGGAGUCUGUCUGGCUCUCUUAGCUAAGGGAGAGUCAAUUCAGGUUAAAACAAGGUAGGGUAUCACAAGCCCACUUAACAAGGGCAGCAGGACCCCAAGAAGAAAAGCUUUAGGAGUCUCCACAGUGGGCCCAGGGCAGUUCCACACAGGUCUCUGAGGCCCCACAGACAGGAGAGCUGUGACGACUCCCUUAGUGCCCAAGAAAGCAAGGAGGUGGUGGGCAAGAGGCUCCCAGAGGCCUUGGGGCACUAGAGGGGAGAUGGAGCCGAGAGAGUGGCUCUGCAGGCCCCUCUCUGAGAGAGUGCAUGAGGUGUGGCCCCAGGCCCAAGGGUGGGGGGUGCACAGGGUGAGGGAAGGGAGGAGAGGAAGAGGAGGAGGAGGUGGUGGCCACAGCGGGAUGGCACUCAGCCAGGUUCAGCUUCGUGGGAAAGGUCCCAGGUGGGCCGGGCUAGCACUGGGGAUGCCCUGGCUCUGUGUCUCGGUUGGGUGGCUGACUCCUCCUGGAACGCAUCCCUGACAUCCUCCAGGCUGGCUUGGGGAUACUCUGGGGACACACAGUGCCCAGGCUUCCGGCCUCCCAGCCCUGGCUCCCUGUGGACUCAGCUGCCCCCCACAAGCCUGCGAGCCACUGGAGAGCAAGGGCAGGCUGUCCUUGCCAUCCAGAUGCCUGGCACAGGAGGGGUUCUCACCUUCGGGGUAUGGGCUGACUCAGUGGGUUUCUCCUCCUUCCAGCUCUAACCUGCCUGUGGAAUAAACAAAUCACUCCUCUGGGUUGUCUAGCUGGUGCAGGCCCCAGGGCGACGCCCCUUUGAGGGGAAAAUGGGGGCAUUCCAGUUUCCAUGAGCCCUGGGACUCCCCUCCUUCCCACCACUGCUGCCUACCCUCCGGUUCCAGGAAAUAGGUUAGUUUCAGACAAGCCUGCUUGCCGGAGCUCAGCAGACACCAGGCCUUCCGGGCAGGCCUGGCCCACCGUGGGCCUCAGAGCUGCUGCUGGGGCAUUCAGAACCGGCUCUCCAUUGGCAUUGGGACCAGAGACCCCGCAAGUGGCCUGUUUGCCUGGACAUCCACCUGUACGUCCCCAGGUUUCGGGAGGCCCAGGGGCGAUGCCAGACCCCGCGGCGCACCUGCCCUUCUUCUACGGCAGCAUCUCGCGUGCCGAGGCCGAGGAGCACCUGAAGCUGGCGGGCAUGGCGGACGGGCUCUUCCUGCUGCGCCAGUGCCUGCGCUCGCUGGGUGGCUAUGUGCUGUCGCUCGUGCACGAUGUGCGCUUCCACCACUUUCCCAUCGAGCGCCAGCUCAACGGCACCUACGCCAUUGCCGGCGGCAAAGCGCACUGUGGACCGGCAGAGCUCUGCGAGUUCUACUCGCGCGACCCCGACGGGCUGCCCUGCAACCUGCGCAAGCCGUGCAACCGGCCGUCGGGCCUCGAGCCGCAGCCGGGGGUCUUCGACUGCCUGCGAGACGCCAUGGUGCGUGACUACGUGCGCCAGACGUGGAAGCUGGAGGGCGAGGCCCUGGAGCAGGCCAUCAUCAGCCAGGCCCCGCAGGUGGAGAAGCUCAUUGCUACGACGGCCCACGAGCGGAUGCCCUGGUACCACAGCAGCCUGACGCGUGAGGAGGCCGAGCGCAAACUUUACUCUGGGGCGCAGACCGACGGCAAGUUCCUGCUGAGGCCGCGGAAGGAGCAGGGCACAUACGCCCUGUCCCUCAUCUAUGGGAAGACAGUGUACCACUACCUCAUCAGCCAAGACAAGGCGGGCAAGUACUGCAUUCCCGAGGGCACCAAGUUUGACACGCUCUGGCAGCUGGUGGAGUAUCUGAAGCUGAAGGCGGACGGGCUCAUCUACUGCCUGAAGGAGGCCUGCCCCAACAGCAGUGCCAGCAACGCCUCAGGGGCUGCUGCUCCCACACUCCCAGCCCACCCAUCCACGUUGACUCAUCCUCAGAGACGGAUCGACACCCUCAACUCAGAUGGAUACACCCCUGAGCCAGCACGCGUAACGUCCCCAGACAAACCGCGGCCGAUGCCCAUGGACACGAGCGUGUAUGAGAGCCCCUACAGCGACCCAGAGGAGCUCAAGGACAAGAAGCUCUUCCUGAAGCGCGAUAACCUCCUCAUAGCCGACAUUGAACUUGGCUGCGGCAACUUUGGCUCAGUGCGCCAGGGCGUGUACCGCAUGCGCAAGAAGCAGAUCGACGUGGCCAUCAAGGUGCUGAAGCAGGGCACGGAGAAGGCAGACACGGAGGAGAUGAUGCGCGAGGCGCAGAUCAUGCACCAGCUGGACAACCCCUACAUCGUGCGGCUCAUUGGCGUCUGCCAGGCCGAGGCCCUCAUGCUGGUCAUGGAGAUGGCUGGGGGCGGGCCGCUGCACAAGUUCCUGGUCGGCAAGAGGGAGGAGAUCCCUGUGAGCAAUGUGGCUGAGCUGCUGCACCAGGUGUCCAUGGGGAUGAAGUACCUGGAGGAGAAGAACUUUGUGCACCGUGACCUGGCGGCCCGCAACGUCCUGCUGGUUAACCGGCACUACGCCAAGAUCAGCGACUUUGGCCUCUCCAAAGCACUGGGUGCCGACGACAGCUACUACACUGCCCGCUCAGCAGGGAAGUGGCCGCUCAAGUGGUACGCACCCGAAUGCAUCAACUUCCGCAAGUUCUCCAGCCGCAGCGAUGUCUGGAGCUAUGGGGUCACCAUGUGGGAGGCCUUGUCCUACGGCCAGAAGCCCUACAAGAAGAUGAAAGGGCCGGAGGUCAUGGCCUUCAUCGAGCAGGGCAAGCGGAUGGAGUGCCCACCAGAGUGUCCACCCGAACUGUACGCACUCAUGAGCGACUGCUGGAUCUACAAGUGGGAGGAUCGCCCCGACUUCCUGACCGUGGAGCAGCGCAUGCGAGCCUGUUACUACAGCCUGGCCAGCAAGGUGGAAGGGCCCCCAGGCAGCACACAGAAGGCUGAGGCUGCCUGUGCCUGAGCUCCCACUGCCCAGGGGAGCCCUCCACGCCGGCUCUUCCCCACCCUCAGCCCCACCCCAGGCCCUGCAGUCUGGCUGAGCCCUGCUUGGUUGUCUCCACACACAGCUGGGCUGUGGUAGGGGGUGUCUCAGGCCACACCGGCCUUGCAUUGCCUGCCUGGCCCCCUGUCCUCUCUGGCUGGGGAGCAGGGAGGUCCGGGAGGGUGCGGCUGUGCAGCCUGUCCUGGGCUGGUGGCUCCCGGAGGGCCCUGAGCUGAGCGCAUUGCUUACACAGAUGCCUUCCCCUGGGCCCUGACAUUGGAGCCUGGGCAUCCUCAGGUGGUCAGGCGUAGAUCACCAGAAUAAACUCAGCUUCCCUCUUGUCUGAGCGCCCUCAUCUUUUCCCGGGGUGAGGGUAGGUGUCAGGGGAGGGGUGGGUUAUGAAAAGUGCAUGGAGGUGACUGUUCUUGUGUGGACUGAGCCUGGAAGUGACCCCUGGGAAGAUGGGGCUGGGUCCCACUCUCCACCCUAGGGACACCUUCAUGUGAGUGAGCGGCUGGGGUGGAGUGGGGAACCUGAGGCCAGGCGGGUGUGGGCCCAAGGGCUGCGUGCCUGGCUGAGCCCAGCUCCCGUGUGGAGAUGAGUGUGCUCCAUGCUAGGUGCAUGUUAGGAUCACCUGGAGCUAUUUUAACAAACGCUAACCCCCCCUCCCCCAUCCAGCUGGGGUCUUCACCCCCCCAGGGGUGCCUUGCAAAUCAUGAGAUACAAUGUUUUUCAUUGGUAGAUGCACGUAUUAGCUUCCGUAUGAACCGUAUUACUGAAUUUGAAUCUGAAAAAUACCAAAAUGCAAACAUUGUUUUUAAAUUAAUUGUUUUAAAAGCUAAUGAACGAAUUAAGACAAAUUACAUCAAUUUAGUGGUUUCUUAAAUCGUGGUUUGCAGGUAGUUCAGUUUUAUUAAAAUUCAUUUGUGAGUCGCUGAACGACUUACAUUAUGUAAAAUAUAUCAGACAGUAAAUAAAUUGUGGCUUUCAUUGCCUUUUGGUCAUCA